GAGAGAGAGAGAGAGAGAGAGGGAGGCUCACAACUUGCCUCCUCUGUGCGCCGCUCUGCCCCUCGCCUCGGUGUCGCCGGCCUCUCCCAUGCUCACCCCUCUCUGCCCGGGACUCCGGCGUCCGGUGAGAUGUGAAGAGGAUUGACAGCAUGGCAUGCGAAGAUGGUUCCUGCCAAGAAGAAGAAGGAGAUGGUGGCGUUCGUUCGGACCCUCUUUUACUUCUGCUGCUUGGCGACUUGCGUAAAGAAAACCUCCGGGCAGACAAAGAAGGACGAAAGGAUCUAUCCGGAGAAUUUUACGCGCAUUUUGGACCGACUCCUGGACGGAUACGACAACAGGCUGCGACCCGGGUUCGGAGGUCCUGUGACUGAGGUCAAGACGGAUAUUUAUGUGACAAGCUUUGGGCCUGUUUCGGAUGUCGAGAUGGAGUACACAAUGGACGUGUUUUUCCGCCAGACGUGGGUCGAUCGGAGGUUGAUGUACGAGGGCCCCAUUGAGAUCUUGAGGCUGAACAACCUGAUGGUGACUAAGGUGUGGACGCCGGACACGUUCUUCAGGAACGGCAAGAAGUCGGUUGCCCACAACAUGACGGCCCCCAACAAGCUCUUCCGCAUCAUGAAGAAUGGCACCAUCCUCUACACCAUGAGGUUGACCAUCAGUGCUGAGUGUCCCAUGAAGCUGGUGGACUUCCCCAUGGAUGGACAUGCAUGCCCCCUUAAAUUUGGAAGCUAUGCCUACCCUAAAACCGAGAUGAUCUAUACUUGGACCAAAGGGCCUCAGCACUCGGUGGAGGUCCCCCCAGAGUCCUCCAGCCUCGUUCAGUAUGAUCUCAUCGGCCAGACGGUCUCCAGCGAAACCAUUAAAUCCAUCACAGGUGAAUACGUAGUGAUGACGGUCUACUUCCACUUGAAACGUAAAAUGGGCUACUUCAUGAUCCAGACGUAUAUCCCCUGCAUAAUGACAGUAAUCCUCUCCCAAGUGUCCUUCUGGAUAAAUAAAGAAUCCGUCCCGGCACGCACGGUCUUCGGCAUUACCACUGUCCUGACCAUGACGACACUCAGCAUCAGCGCUCGCCACUCCCUCCCCAAGGUCUCCUACGCCACUGCGAUGGACUGGUUCAUCGCCGUCUGCUUCGCCUUCGUCUUCUCCGCCCUAAUCGAGUUUGCUGCCGUGAACUACUUCACCCAGGCACAGAUCGAGCGGGCCAAAAAGAAGCCGGCCAAAUGUCCCCCGGUCCCUCAAACCACGCCUGUCAAGGUCAAGGACGCAGAGGAAGUGCUGCAGCAGAAUCCCGAUACCAACGGCAACCUGAGAAAGCGGAUGAAUUACAUUUCCCUGCAAGAGGCGAGGAGUCAUCAGAGGGCCCAGUCCACCACCAGCAUUCCGGGGGUCGGGAGAAGCAGACCGACGCGACCUCUGGCCGGCGGCGCCAACGGCAGCUCCUCCGCCCUCUCGCGCUCCAGCCCCAAGUCUGAGAGCCUGCUCACCGUGGCGUCCUCCUCUGCGCAGCUGGUGAAGAGCAUGCCCCAGGCCGCUGCCUCCACGCCAGACGUGAUGGCGGGGACGCCGCGCCAGCAGAACACCACCAGCUCCUCCUCGUCGCUGCAGCAUCUGCUGGGCCCCAAACUGGAGCGCGUCCAGAUGAUGGGCAACAAGCCGGAGCCGAAGCAGACGCCGUGCUCCCAGCCCACCGCCGCUGGUAUGGGUGGGACCAGCAAAAUUGACAAAUAUGCGCGGAUCCUCUUCCCAGUGUCCUUUGGGGCCUUUAACAUGGUCUACUGGGUGGUUUACUUAUCAAAGGACACGAUGGUGGCUAAAGGCGGCUAGACUUUGUUCUGGCAAAAAAGAGAGAAGACCCCUUUUUUCCCCCCACCAGACGGGGAGCAAAUAAGGAUUAUUCAGAACUGUUUCCUUAAAAGAGGAAACGGUUGUUCUUGCCGGACAGAUAAUCAAAAUGCGCUCGCCCAGCCCUUCCACAUCCCGGAGAACAAACUCAGAAUCCAUUUAUUUUUUCCUUCUGGAGCUCCUCGAACCCGCAAAGCAAGUCAACCAAAUUCGAAGUAUCUGACUCAGCAGGAGAAAAGCAGCUGCACGCUGGAAUAUGCUACUGUCCUCUUUCUAUUAUUCCGUGCUGCGGCCUCAGACGCCUCAUGAUCCCUUUUGGCCUGCAGUCAGGAUACGCCAUGGGAUAUUUUUCAUUUUUCCUAUUUUUGUACCCUGCACCUGGCAAGAUGUCCAGAUGUGUGGGCCACUGGCCUGAAAUGAACUGCAACAGCGCUGUGUAAAUAUAUACAUUUAUUAGGGUCAAAUGGAUUUAUAUUCAAUGAUUACAGUGCUCUGCCAUUUGACUAUUACAACUUGUUGCUUUUUUGCCAACAGGCUAGAUGAUGGUCAUUUUUAAAAAAUGAUUUGAGAGUACAAAGGAACUCUGCUAGUGGUUUUCCAGAGACUCUCGGUUUAGACUGAAAAGACUGUAACUCCUGAAUUCUGGCCAGAUGACGGUCAACGUCCAAUGAAACAGACAAGUUUUAGUAAAGAAUUAAAGUCCUCGAACCCGACUGAGGGGAGCUUUGGACCCGAUCAGCCAUGAAAAGCCUCUCUUGUACAGUACCGACUUGCAAAGCGUCUUUCUUAUAUAAAAUGGAUUAACUAAUCUGGAAUGACUGAAGAUGAAAUUCAGGAUUGGUCAGGCAGAAAGUAGUGAAGACAAGUUAUUACUUCAUGUAACCGUAGGAUUUAAGCUUCUUUCCUCCCGUAAUGGAAAACACCAAAUAGUAGACACAGAUGGUCGUCGGCGAAUCAAAUACAGCCAUAGCAUGAACAAACCAUCAGUCAAGCAGAUCACUGCAGUAAUGAAACAUAGAGUCUUUAGGGACACUAUUGUUUAGGGACAUUUGGGCAUGUACAAUAAGAACAAAUUGGGGACUGAACUGUUCUACAACGGCUCCACAUCGGAGUCGACCGCUGCCAUCCACCUUUCUUGAUUAUGUCUGUGUCUCGGAGAAUGAUUAUGAACAUGAUUCCCCUGCAUUUCACGGGGUUAAACUUUGGGGGAAAUUCUCGUGUUCCCCUGAAUAAGGUCACCGAGGCAGAGCCCGAGCAGCGUCACUACUAGAGCUGCACCGGGGCCCGAUCACACGGGACGCAUUUUUUGAAGGUUGAGCAAGGGAAAGGACCUCGUUUUGUUGAAAGCCUAAAGUGGAAGAGCCGGCUGAUUGCUGACUGACUUUGGAUCUUUCGAUCAUUCCCUCGUUGAGCGAAGGCACUGUGGCUCAAAGAGACAAAGGUUUCACACGGGCCUAAAUGUGAAUACGGUUUCUUGACCGGAGCCUCUGCUGGUUGCCCGAAAGAGUAGAGUAGAACGGGAUUUCAGUUUAAGUUAAUUCAAUGAAUGACAAAAAAUCCCUCUUGAUCUCUGUGGCCGCACAGUCGGUCACAGUCGUGUUUGGGAAGCCAUACCACUGAUACUCUAAUCCUGUGGUGAUAAACGGAGUGAGGGACGUCACAAAAUGUGCCCGCCCGGCCGUCUCCUGUCAUUGCUCUGCGUCGCACGGCAACCGGCGGACAGGGGCGAAAUGGGGGGAUUCAUUGUCAUUGAGUCUCUCAUCCGCACAUGGCGACAUUUUCAAUGAUGACUCGCCAUAAAUACACACAAAGGCGCACCGACAGUUUCGGUAUCCCUCCUCAACUGACAUGUAAUGCCUGUCAAUCUUCUGUAGUGAAGGAUGAAACUCUUAAGAGGGAAGAACCCUCCCCCAGUUUAUCUGUGUAUCCCGAUUGUCUUCAGGACUUUAAUCCCGACCAAUGAAUCUAAAACAGUGGUCGCAUAAACACAACGCGAUUUCUCGCUCAUCUCUCGCUCCGCUCCCCGUCACGCUCUCGUGGGACCAUUUGCAGGAGUUGUGGGAAACCGUCAGGUGCAUGAGCUCGGCUCCGCCGUUGGGCAGUCGCGAUGCAGUAGGCAUCCAACGCUCCCUGCUCUGAUAGCCCCGCCAUCCACGGAGUCCCGGCCGCCGCCGUGGUGACAACACACCCGGGCUGACGGACAGAUCAAGACGCCCGCCGCCACUCGUCCCGGGCCUAAACGCAGUCAUGGGGGAAAUUGAUUUUGCCGUUUACCUCCCCCGUCGGUCGCCUCGGCCCGCCCCGCUGUCUCCGUCUCUCGCAGCACCGUACAAAAUCCCAUCUCAUCAUGAAAACACAGAACACCCGCGUACUAAUGAGCACUCUUGUCAACAGCAGAUUGAUGUUCGGCGUUUACGCGGUGCUCCAAAUGUGUGCGUGAUUGAUGGAGCUGCCAACGGCAUGUUGUGGGGGGGUUUUUCUGUUUCUUUUCUUCACUCUUUUUUUUUUUUUUUUUUCCCCACCAACAUGCUGUUCCGGAUGACGGACAGAUAGCUGGAGACGCUGCGCACGCCCGCCGCCCCUCUGACGGCUGACACUGGGCAGGUUUGGGGGAAAGUUCAGCUGCAUCCUGAGAUCAGGCUCUCGGUUAGUCAUUUCAGCUGUCUCAAGAAAAAGAAGAAAAAAAAGCUUUCCAAAGACCAGAGAGUGCAGAUGGUGAAAAAUGAGACACGCGCCGCAAAGUAAAACGCAGCAAAAUGCUCCCUCUAGUGGCUCAACUCGCCCCUUUUUUUAUUUUGAGCACAGUCUUAUUUGAGGACGUGCUUUAGCUUUAACAUCAGUGCAAGGCCAGGCAAGUUUCUUUGUAAAGCUGCAUUCAUCCACAAGGUAACUCAGAGUGCUUUACAGAGGCAUUGAAUUACAUUAAGACAAAACGAGCUUAUACAGACAUUCAGAGAACAAUUCAGAUUUAUAUUGGACGUUCAAACGCUUGUUUAUUCUUUCCUACUGGCGUCCUGUAUUAUCAUCAUAUGGGCUUUAAGGAUAUAAAGGGGUCCUGAAUGAAAACGUGACGUGAGCCACCUCUCCUCAGAGCGACUUUAAAGUGUGCGCUCAUGGGUACUGUGGCAACACAGCAUUUCAAAUAUCCUCAAAUCCAGUUACUUUACAUGACAUCAUUUAUGUUUAUCCCCUUUGCUUUCUGGUCAUACAGUAGUUAUCUGAUAGCAUCGGUGAACAGGAAUUUCAUUCACACCAAAGAAUACAAAUCCAACUUGACCCGUUUUCAGCUUGGCCGUUUAUCAUUUUAUAUCUCCAUCAGUGUAUGAGCAUCAAAUAUUACUGGAAAUGUUGAACAAGUUUAAGCAUGACAGUCUAUACACCACACAGAGCGUGGGACACGGGUAUUGCAUUUCAUCUGACACCUGCAAUGAUAGAUUUUGUACAAAACGAGUCACUAAAUAGAAUAAUAUGAACGUAAAAUAAUGUGAAUUUAGUCUGAAAAAGUCAGAGGACUGAGAACAUGCUGCGAUUGCCUCUUAAACAUAAAUUGAUAUACUGUGGCGUGGUAUGAUGACGAUCAUACACAUCAUCCCACUGUACAGAAAGCAUAGGCAGCAUUGAUUUUUAUUUUCGAGUGAUGAACCACUAGAGGGAGCUAAAUGCCAUCAGAUGGCUCUCAGUCUCAGUACCGCAGAUUGGCAUUUACUUAAGCAACCAAUCCAUACAGGUGAAAGAUGUAUGGAUGAAAAUGUGUGUUAAAGAGUACAGUACUAUAUGCUUCUAAGGCAGGUGGGGGGUUACAUUUCCUAAUCGUUUACAGUUACAUCAGUUACAUUUUCUUAAUGAUUCAAAAUCUUUUCUAAAUUGUACAAUGACAUAUUAUUUCUGUCGUUUUUUUCAGUGUUUAUCUGAUGCUUUAUUCGUCACAUGUCACACAGUUAUCUUUUCUAGCAUUCCUCUGGCGCUCACUAUACUUCACGCUGCCUGCACAUCUCAGAGGUUGAGUAAUGUGUGUAACACGACCUCACUUAACCCAGUUUAUGGAAUGCCAAAGGCCAAGAUAGUUUAUGUGCGGGCUCCGGGUAGUUGAUACUGGGACAAUACAGUCUAUUUUGUUAUACACCUUCUUGCACAAGUUCAAUGAUGAAGUCAUUUUUUGUUUGCUCCCUGUAAAGACAGCGGAUGACAUGCCACAGGUUGUUGGCUGGGUCACAUUUACACAGAGAAUGCGAAGAGCCAUAAACUCUUCAUCUUAUCUACUGGCGCCGGUUGCACCCGUGGGUUCCAGUGAUGUGGAACAGUGCUCUGUUGAGCCAUGAUCCUGAUCAAACCCUCAGUAAAAAAUGGAAGGAUCACCACCUAAAGCAAUAUUGAGACUACCCGAUAGGCCGCACACAGACAGCAAUAACUGUAAACCCGCGCGUAGAACACAACAUAUGCACACAACCUUAAAUAGCUUCCUUACGUACACUAAUGCUGCAUCAAAGGACUCGUUAGAAUGCUUUUCCACCGUGUAAGGAUUUAAGAUAAACUCAAUUCAACACAUGAUCAAACACUAACAGACCCAUGAAAUGUACCAAUAUUUGAACAAUGCACUGCUUUUGUAGAUGAAAAUGAAGAGUGUGUGUUGUGUACUUCCAUGUUGGAUUCAUUCCGAAGGUGACAACAAACGAUGGUACUAACUGUACUUUACAUUAUCCCAAUUUGAACCGCUCGUCAGCCGCUCGAGUUGUCACAGUCAAUAUGCCGAUAAAAAUAUUUUUUUGAACCGGUGUUGCAUUUAUUAGUCCUUAUCUAUUGCAAUGUUUUGAAGACACACAAAUUAAACCUGUGACACAAAAUC